AUUGUAGUCUCUUCUGAUUGGCCAGUAGAGCAGCGACUCUCUCUUUCCGGUCGCAUUCUCCUCCUGACCUUCUGUCAGUGCAGUCUCGGUCAGUGAACGGGUGUUAAGCGGCUGGAAUCAUGGUGGCGUACUGGAGACAGGCCGGACUCAACUACAUCCGCUAUUCUCAGAUCUGUGCCAAGGCAGUGAGAGCGGCUCUGAAACCACAAUACAAAGCAGAGGCCGACAAGUUGUCAGCCGCCAACGUGAAGAUCUUCAAACCGAAGAGAGAGGGAAACUGAUUCUAAGCACCCAGAAAAUCGUUGCUUGAACACCCAGAUUCCCAUGGAGCCACGUCCUACCUGUGUCCAAACGUGUAACUGUUCGCGUUCUAAAUUAUACUGAAUGAAUAAAGGAUGAUGUAUUUGUAAAUGUC